AUGGGCUUUCGCCGGCACUGGCGUCGACAGGGCCGGGGAGCACCACCUAAAUUGGCUUACCUGGGUCUCGAAGAUUCUCGUAACGUUUUAAAUAAAAAAUUAAAAGCUCUAGACGGUAUUGUAUCACCAAAAACGAUAAAUACCCAAGAAAUAGUACCGAUUAAUCGUAAGGAACCUCAAGCCCAUUGCAGUCAUUCAGUAGUCGAUCUAUUGGCAGAAGAAGAUGAAGAAAAUCCGGAGGAACAUACUUCUGCACGAAAAAAAAUUAGGUUUGAAAAUGAGAACUCGAGUGAAAAGAACAAUGACAGUUUAAUUGAUAUUACUGGAGAUGAUAAGAAGGAUCAAAAUGAUGAUAAUUUAACUAUCAAAGUUGGGGAAAAGAACAUAAGUUCUGCUAGCAAAGAGACCGGAAAAAUUACACCAGUAAUUCAGAUCAAUGAAGAAGUUGGGCAUCAAUAUGUCACAAAAGAAGAUUUGAUGAAAGUUAUGUUUUCCUUACGAGAAAUUCAACAACAUCAGCAGCCUUCGACAUCUCAAACUUUACAACCCAGGCAGAAAACUAAGAACAGCCCUUCACUUGGUCUUCCUGGUAGUACAUCAGGUGGUCUUAAAAUGAAAGAAAUUAGUGAUCCAGGGAGCAACGUUUUCAUUAAUGAAGAACAAUAUUCUGCUGCUGAGUGCGACAUUCCGCUGCGACACCUUCAGCAAUGACAACAAAUUUGUUAGUAUCAAUCUUUGGUUUGGAUAUUUUGUCCAAGAGCAAUUAUAACGGCGGAGCACCCAAAACUACCAAAGACGGAACAAAAGUUCAGCAUGAUCGUUUGGAUUUUGUGAAAUUAAAUGCCAUUAAACAAUUUGUAACAAAACGUUUUAAAAAUUUUAAAAGUAGUCAUUUUGGGAGGGCUGUUUAUAAUAAAUGCAAUAAAGUCAGAUAUGAACUUCGCUAA